UAUAACUAAGUAGACACUUUUAAUAAAAUCAAAGAUACUAUUUCAUUUUUCGGCUUUGAUAAAAUUUUAACAAACAUUUAAAGUAUACGUGGUACCUCGAACCCUUAGUCAAAAUGUCUUUGGGUCGAACUCUUGGUGGCUUAAUCCUGACUGGUGUUCCCGGGAGUAGGAGCUUGCAUCAGAGGAGGAUGCGUCGACCAUUUCCUGUGGUUCCGGAUGCCAGGCUUAACACCCCAGCACAGUCAUCGCGACCACCUCGUAUUCUGGUCAAGAGUUACCUGGCCCUACAGCAACUGGACUCGCAAUAUAUGCAGGAUGCUCCUCGCGAUCUAAGGAACUUCUUUAUGACAAAAUGGAAAAAUGUAUAGUCUCAAUGAUUUAAAUAUAUAAUUUAAGGCUUUUAAAAGGCUCAUAAACUAA